GCGGGCUCAUGAGUGUCCUCCGCUGAAACCGCACCUGACCUGACGGCUGGAGGAGGCGGGAAGCUCACGGAGGUUAACGAGAAGCAAACCGGAACCCGUGGCUUUGGACUUCAAAAUAAAACCAGGCAGCGCGUCGUUCAAACUGAAACUAAUCAAAGUCAUUCUCCACCCGAGACCAACACUGUGUCCACACUGUCGACUUAAAGUUCUGCCGGUACUGCCGGUCAGAUAUGUCCUCAGUGUGCUGGUUCCGGAGCUGGAACAAGUGGACCUGUUUGUGUUUGUUACUCUGAAGGCAGGCCAGAAUCACCGCGCUGUCAGGAAGCGUUUUAUUCUGAAAGUGCUAAGAGGAAGUGCUGGUGCUGAACGAGCCCGUCCUGACGCUGCCAGUGAUCCUGGAUCCCGUUAAUAUCCCGACUUUCCUUCAUCAUCUAUCGAUUUUGCUGCUGGUUCUGGACCGGGCAGUUGCGGCGGGUGUCAGCCGGGUUUCAGCCGGGUGUCUCGUCGGGCCCGCAGCAGCAGGGGCAGUCGCUGGUUCGGAUGCGGACCGACGGUGAUAAAUCGGUGCUGUAAUCUCCGGAUUUUAACUGGAAACAGCGAACAGACGGCGGCAGGAAUCAGCGGAGGGAUCUGGUUCUGGUGUCAUCUCAGCUUCAGACGCUUCGGUCGUGGAAUUACCGUCAGUUUACACCGAGAAUCGGUCCGUGUACCGACGGUCCAACCGGAACAUCUGCGGGAAUAACGGAGAUUACAGGACUGGACGGACCCGUAUUCCCUCUGACGGCUCGGAUAAUACUGUGGCAGAACUGAGACAUGUGUUCUCAACUGUGACCGAACCAGCUAACACCAGAACCACCACAGACGGUCCUGAAACCUGCACAUUAUCCCCGGAAUAUUCCGGUUUGGGGCUUUAGUUCGUCAAACGUUCCAAGCUGGAUUCUACAGAACGUUUCUGUUAGUAAGACUGUUCCUGUAGGUUCUCUGCUGUUCCUCAGAACCAUUCUAAUAACAUCUAAAGAACUUCUGUUAGAAAUGUUCUCAUAGAAUCUAAAGAACCUUACAACUGUUCUUGUAACAUUUAAAGAACUAUGUUAGAACUGGUCCAUUUACAUUUAAAGAACCUCAUAACCCUUCUAAUAACAUUUAAAGAACCUCAGAACUGUUAUAGUAACAUCUGAAGAACCUCAGAAACCUUCUAAUAACAUUUAAAGAACCUCGGAACUGUUAUAGUAACAUCUGAAGAACCUCAGAACCGUUCUAAUAACAUUGAAAGAACCUCAGAACUGUUAUAGUAACAUCAGAAGAACUUCUGUCAGCAACAUUCUAAUAAUAUCUAAAGAACCUCAGAGCCGUUCGAAUAACAUUUAAAGAACCCCUGUUUGCACUAAUAACAUCAGGGGGACCAUGGACCUGGGAACGGUGGAGUUAAGUUAAUUAAAUAACAUUUUGGUUACGUCAGUAGAACCAUUAAUGAAACUAACUAUAUUAAUGUUCCUUUUGGAACCAAACAGCAACAAUUCAUCAACUACACUAAAAUGGAAAGGUUCCAUGAGCACAAAUGAUUUUAUUGGGAUGAUGUUGUAAUUAUUGUAGUUCUUUAGAAAUGAGUCACUUUACAGAACCUUCACUAAAUCUGUCUGUGUUCCUGAGAACAUUCAACAGAACCAUCAGUACAGAAACUGAUGAAUUCCCACCUGCGAGAAGCAUCUUUGUUCCUGUCGGCUCAACAUCGUCACUCGACCUGCUUUAAUUUAAAGCGUGGGUCGUUAUCAAGGUGCAGAAACAGGUUCUUUUAGAACAGCUGACAGACUAAAUGUUUCUGUACAUAAAGUGGUUAAAAAACUAGGUUUUAUUUGUGUGAAUUGCACAGAACCUGUGUUGGACUUUCUGACACCUGCCAGUCGUCACGUCUCACCUUUAACAUGCAGAUCAUUUGGACCCUGAUGAGAUCAAACCUCCACUGACAUUAAUAUCUGAGUUAUGAGUGGAGGACGUCUCCGACCUCUAUGAAGGUCAAACCUGCACAAUUAAAGGGUCAGUCCACGCUUCCAGUCAUCAGCAGAACCUGAAGGACGUUCCCACGCUGAGAUUGUGGCCGCGUGGCUGAUCAGCACUCAUCAGUAUUCAGCUUGUUUAUUGUUCCAGCUGUCGAUGCCGUGUUGUCAGUGUGAAACACAAACACUGCUCAGGGUGAACGCCUUGGCUAGCAUUAGUUAGCUACAGCUAGGCAGCAGGCUGGAAUUAUGGGAAGUGUAGUUGGAUGUUGCAGUGUUAAAGAGACUACAAAGAUGGACUCCAGCGGUCAGCGGUAGGACUGCAGGAGCGAUUGUACGUAGCAGAUGCUACAUCACACAGGACCAGCCGGCCCAGCUCUCACUUCCUGGUUUAAACCCAGAAGAAAUACCUUCUUUGUCUUCGUGGAACUUUAUCGUUGAUUAAGGCAACAUGUCGGAUAAGACGGCGCCGCGCUGCCAGCUGAGGCUGGAGUGGAUCCACGGAUACAGAGGGCACCAGUGUCGGAACAACCUGUACUACACCGCAGGAAAAGAGGUGGUGUACUUUGUGGCCGGGGUGGGCGUGGUCUACAACACCCGGGAACACACCCAGAAGUUCUACCUCGGGCACAACGAUGACAUCAUCAGUCUGGCCAUCCAUCCAGAUAAGAUCCAGGUGGCGACGGGUCAGGUGGGUAAGGACCCGUUCAUCUGUAUCUGGGACACCUACGCCAUGCAGACUGUCUCCAUCCUGAGGGACGUCCACACUCAUGGAGUCGCCUGUCUGGCCUUUGAUUCUGAUGGACAGCGGCUGGUGUCAGUCGGUCUGGACGCCAAGAACACGUUGUGUGUUUGGGACUGGAGGAGAGGACGAGUCCUCGCCAUGGCAACAGGGCACUCGGACAGAAUCUUUGACGUGGCCUGGGAUCCGUUCCAGUCCAGUCGUCUGGUCAGCUGUGGAGUCAAACAUAUCAAGUUCUGGACUUUGUGUGGAAACGCUCUGACUCCAAAGAGAGGGAUCUUUGGGAAGACGGGCGACCUGCAGACCAUCCUGUGUGUCUCUGCAGCCAAAGAUGAGCUGACGUACUCUGGAGCCCUGAACGGAGACGUGUACGUGUGGAGGGGGGUCAACCUGAUCCGGACGGUCCAGGCUGCACACGGGGCGGGUAUCUUCAGCAUGCACGCCUGCGAGGAAGGCUUUGCCACGGGAGGACGAGACGGCUGCAUCCGACUUUGGGACGUCGACUUCAAGCCCAUCACCAAGAUCGACCUGAGGGAGACGGAGCAGGGAUACAAAGGUCUGUCCAUCCGCAGCGUUUGCUGGAAGGCUGAUCGGAUCUUGGCAGGGACGCAAGACAGCGAGAUAUUUGAGGUCAUGGUCCGAGACCGGGACAAACCAGUUCUGCUGAUGCAGAGUCACAGUGAGGGUGAGCUGUGGGCGCUCGACCUUCACCCCAAACAACCGGUCGCUGUCACCGGGAGUGACGACCGCUCCGUCAGGCUGUGGAGUCUCCCCGACCACACUCUGCUGGCUCGCUGCAACAUGGAGGAAUCCGUCCGCAGUGUUUCCUUCAACAACGACGGAUCUCAACUUGCUCUGGGCAUGAAGGAUGGCUCCUUCACUGUGCUGCGUGUCAGGGACAUGACGGAAGUCGUGCACAUCAAGGACAGAAAGGAGGUGAUCCACGAGCUGAAGUUUUCUCCGGACGGUUCCUUCCUGGCUGUCGGAUCAAACGACGGGCUGGUGGACAUCUACGCCGUCGCCCAGCGUUAUAAGAAGGUGGGAGAGUGCAGCCGCUCCGCCUCCUUCAUCACCCACCUGGACUGGUCAGUCGACAGCCGCUUCCUGCAGACCAACGAUGGCGCUGGAGAACGUCUCUUCUACAGAAUGCCGGCUGGAAAGCUGGUUCCUAAAGAGGAGGCAAAGGGGAUCCACUGGAUGACAUGGACAGGCGUCGUCGGGACAGAAGUGAACGGCAUCUGGCCCAAAUACUCAAAUGUCAACAAUGUGAACUCUGUGGACGCUAACUACAGCAGUGCCGUGCUGGUGACAGGAGACGACAGCGGCCUGGUCAAACUCUUCAGGUUCCCCUGCCUGAAGAAAGGAGCCAAAUUCAAAAAGUACAUUGGUCACUCUGCCCAUGUGACAAACGUUCGCUGGUCCAACGACCUACAGUGGGUCAUCAGUACUGGUGGCGCUGACCACGCUGUCUUCCAGUGGCGGUUCCUGCCAGAGGGUGUCAUGAACGGUGUCCUGGAGCCCCUCCUCCAAGAGGGCUACGCCGACUCCAACAGCGGAGAGUCGGACUCAGACGUGUCGGAUGUCCCAGAGCUGGACUCAGACAUCGAACAGGAAGCUCAGACCAGCUACGAACGUCAGGUGUAUAAGGAGGACCUGCCUCAGCUGAGGAAGAAGCUGAUUGGCUCCCUGAAGCGUCAGAAGGCUCCAGAGGAGGGUCUUCGUCUACAGUUCGUUCACGGGUAUCGGGGCUUUGACUGUCGUAACAACCUGUUCUACAGUCAGGCGGGGGAGGUGGUGUAUCACGUGGCCGCCGUCGCCAUUGUCUACAACCGGCUGCAACACAGUCAGAGGUUCUACCUCGGCCACGACGAUGACAUACUCAGCCUCACCGUCCACCCGCUCAAAGACUAUGUGGCUUCUGCACAGGUGGGCAGAGACCCAGCCGUCCAUGUCUGGGACAUCCAGACUCUGAAGUGUCUGUCGCUGCUGAAGGGACACCACAACCGAGGAGUGUGUGCCCUGGAGUUCACAGCGGAUGGGAAGAGUUUGGUCUCCGUAGGAAUAGACGGGUUUCACUCCAUCGUUAUCUGGGACUGGAAGAAAGGAGAGAGACUGGCCAAGGCCAGGGGUCACAAAGACAAGAUCUUUGUGGUGAAGAGUAACCCAUUCAGGAUGGACAAGCUGGUGACUGUUGGCAUGAAACACAUCAAGUUCUGGCAACAUUCAGGUGGCGGUCUGACGUUUAAACGGGGAAUUUUUGGAAACCUGGGGAAGCAGGAGACGAUGAUGUCAGCAUGUUACGGACGAUCUGAGGACCUGGUUUUCUCUGGAGCCACCAACGGAGACGUUUACAUCUGGAGAGACACGACGCUCAUCAAGACCAUCAAAGCCCACGAUGGCCCUGUGUUCGCCAUGUGCUCGCUGGACAAGGGUUUUGUGACGGGGGGGAAAGACGGCAUCGUGGAGCUCUGGGACGACAUGUUUGAAAGAUGUUUGAAGACAUACGCCAUCAAGAGAGCCGCCCUCUCUCCAACAUCUAAAGGUCUGCUGCUGGAGGACAACCCAUCCAUCAGAGCCAUCACACUGGGUCACGGUCACAUCCUGCUGGGAACAAAGAAUGGAGAGAUCCUGGAGAUCGACAAGAGUGGACCGAUGACACUGCUGGUUCAGGGUCACAUGGAGGGGGAGGUGUGGGGUUUGGCGGCUCACCCUCUACUUCCUGUCUGCGCCACCGUCAGUGACGACAAAACUCUGAGGAUCUGGGAACUGUCAGCCAAUCACCGCAUGGUCGCUGUCCGCAAACUCAAGAAGGGUGGGCGGUGCUGUGCCUUCUCUCCUGACGGUAAAGCUCUGGCGGUUGGUCUGAAUGACGGCAGCUUCCUGGUGGUGAACGCCGACACACUGGAGGACAUGGUGACCUUCCACCACCGCAGGGAGCUCAUCUCAGACAUCCGCUUUUCCCAAGACGCAGGGAAGUACCUGGCUGUGGCGUCCCAUGAUUCCUUUGUGGACAUCUACAACGUCCUGACCAGUAAGAGAGUCGGCAUCUGUAAAGGAGCCGGAAGCUACAUCACACACAUCGACUGGGACUCCAGAGGUAAGCUGCUGCAGGUGAACACCGGAGCUAAAGAGCAGCUUUUCUUUGAGGCUCCUCGAGGACGCAAACAGAACAUCAGCGUGGCUGAGUUUGAGAAGUUGGACUGGGCGAGCUGGACGUCUGUUCUGGGUCCCACCUGUGAGGGAAUAUGGCCGACACUCAGCUUUGUAAAUGCUGCCUCGCUCACCAAAGAUCGUAAACUGCUCGCCACCGGAGACGACUUUGGCUUCCUGAAGCUGUUCAGCUUCCCGUCCAGGGGCCAGUUUUCCAAGUUUAAGAAGUAUGUGGGUCACAGCACCAACGUGACCAACGUCCGCUGGUCCAAUGACGACUCGGUGCUGCUGUCAGUGGGUGGGGCUGACACGGCGCUGAUGAUCUGGACCCGAGAGCCACUGGGUCACAAAGAGAGCAAAGCUGUGGACAGCGAGGAGUCUGAUGACGACACAGAGGAGGACGGAGGGUACGACAGCGACGUGGCCCGAGAGAAAGUGGUGGACUACGUGACCAAGAUCUACUCUGCCAGCAUCAGGAACAUGUCGGGAACCAGACCUCACCUGCAGCACAAAGAGCUACCUGUGGAGGAGAGGCCUCCUGUGAGUCGAGCUGCUCCGCUGCCGGACAAACUGCUGAAGAACAAUGUAACCAAGAAGAAGAAGGUGGUGGAGGAGCUGCUGUUGGAGCACGUCUUCGGCUACAGAGGCUUUGACUGUCGCAACAACCUGCAUUACCUCAAUGAUGGCGCUGACAUCAUCUUCCACACCGCUGCUGCUGUCGUCAUCCAAAACCUGUCCGCGGGAACCCAGAGUUUCUACCUGGAACACACUGAUGACAUCCUCUGUCUGACUGUCAACCAACACCCCAAAUACCAGAACAUCAUCGCAACAGGACAGAUUGGUGACAUCACUGACCUGCCAGGCCUUGCUCCAUCCAUACAUGUGUGGGAUGCCAUGACCAAACAGACGCUGUCCAUCCUUCGUUGUUCCCAUGCGAAAGGUGUCGGCUACGUCAACUUCAGCGCUACAGGAAAGCUGCUGCUCUCAGUGGGAGUGGAGCCUGAACACACCAUCACAGUGUGGAGGUGGCAGGAAGGCACCAAGGUGACCAGUAAAGGUGGCCACGCUGAUCGGAUCUUUGUGGUGGAGUUUAGACCAGACUCUGACACCCAGUUUGUGUCGGUGGGAAUCAAACACAUUAAGUUCUGGACUCUGGUCGGAGGUUCACUUGUGUACAAGAAGGGAGUGAUCGGCUCAGUGGAGGACGGCCGCAUGCAGACGAUGCUGUCUGUCGCCUUUGGUGCUAACAAUCUAACUUUCACUGGCGCUAUUAACGGAGAUGUGUAUGUAUGGAGAGAACAUUUCCUGGUACGAGUGGUGGCAAAGGCGCACAGCGGUCCGGUCUUCACCAUGUACACAACCCUGAGAGAUGGCCUCAUCGUCACCGGGGGGAAGGAACGGCCAACUAAGGAGGGCGGUGCUGUGAAGCUUUGGGACCAGGAGAUGAAACGCUGCAGAGCAUUUCAGCUGGAGACCGGCCAGCAGGUGGAGAACGUCCGAUCCGUAUGCAGAGGGAAGGGUAAAAUCCUGGUGGGAACCAAAGAUGGAGAGAUCAUAGAGGUUGGAGAAAAGAACGCAGCCUCCAACACCAUGAUCAACGGACACACCCAGGGAGGGAUCUGGGGUUUGGCGACUCAUCCUUUUAAAGAUGUCUUCAUCUCCGCCAGCGAUGACGGGACCAUCCGAAUAUGGGACCUGGCUGACAAGAAACUUCUGAACAAGGUGAGCUUGGGUCAUCCUGCCAAAUGCACCUCUUACAGUCCCAAUGGAGAGAUGGUUUCCAUUGGCAUGGAGAAUGGAGAGUUCAUUAUCCUGAUGGUCAACUCCCUCACCGUCUGGGGCAAGAAGAGAGACCGCAGCGUCGCCAUCCAGGACAUACGGUUCAGUCCAGACAACCGGUUCUUGGCAGUGGGUUCAGUUGAAAGUGCUGUUGAUUUCUACGACCUUACUCUGGGACCAUCUCUGAACAGGAUUGGCUACUGUAAGGACAUCCCUGGUUUUGUCAUCCAGAUCGACUUCUCUGCAGACAGCAAACACAUCCAGGUGUCCACCAGCACCUACACCCGGCAGGUGCACGAGGUCCCCUCGGGGAAGAUGGUCACGGAGCAGUCUAUCUUUGAGCGGAUCACUUGGGCUACCUGGACCAGCAUCCUGGGCGACGAGGUUCUCGGUGUUUGGCCUCGUAACGCUGAGAAAGCAGACGUUAACUGUGCUUGUGUUUCCCACGCCGGCCUCAACCUGGUGACAGGAGACGACUUCGGCCUCAUCAAGCUCUUUGAUUUCCCGUGCUCUGAAAAAUUUGCAAAACACAAGCGGUACUUCGGUCACUCUGCUCACGUGACAAACAUUCGCUUCUCCUGUGAUGAUAAGUUCGUCAUCAGCGCCGGCGGCAGCGACUGCAGGAGACCUCACACCCUCUGUCUGCCUCAGUGCGUAAUAUGAGAUCUUUCUGCAGGAAACAAAGAACGACCUUCAGUAGUUCCUUUUUAAUAAAACAGCGUCAUACCCGGCUCUAGUGCCCCAGGGACCAUAUGUAAUUCAUCAUAAUAAAAACAGGAAGCCUAACAACACACUGUAAGAUAAGGUGUGUCUCAGCUGGUACUGGUCUCUUGUGGACUCAGACAGAGGAAGCUCCUGCUACACUCUUCAGAGAAAUAUCAGAGAUAAAAGCUUCAGUGAUUUGUGUCCUCUCAGUUUCAUAACUGUGUCCAACACUAACAUCUGUGUAGCAGCUGACGUUUCAUGUCCAACCAACAAAGAAGAGACAUUAUGUUUUGAGGUCCUCCUGGAUGAGCAACAAUGAGACAUAUUCAGACUUUAUUUCCACAUUAAUUCUCCUCUUU